UUUUUCAUUUCAACAGGUAUUCAAUUGCCUUAUGCUUCAAUAAUGAGAGACCUAAGAUGAAUGCAAGUUCAAAGGAAGCAGAUUCUUCCAGCAAACAACAAAGCAACACAAAUGAUACCAAGUUGAGCAGUACUGGCCAAUCUAGCUCUUCUUCCCCAUGGUUAAGACUGAAGGAUCCACGAGUCGUACGUGUUUCUCGUGCCUUUGGGGGAAAAGACCGGCACAGUAAAGUUUUCACCAUUAGAGGAUUGAGAGACCGAAGGGUGAGACUCUCAGUUCCCACUGCUAUUCAAUUGUAUAAUCUUCAAGACAGGCUCGGACUUAAUCAGCCUAGCAAGGUUGUCGAUUGGUUGCUCGAUGCAGCUAAACACGAAAUCGAUGAACUCCCUCCACUCCCAUGGCCACCACAAGGGGACUUUGCCUUUAACCAUCAGAUGGUUCUAAGUAGUAGUACUUCUCAAGAACCAGGUCCUUCCCAAUCCAACAAACAAGGGCUUAAAACUGGUACCUGUGUUGAUUCGGAAGAUCCUGCGGCCGAAUUACCGAGAUGGAACUUUUGGAACUCUGAUGCAUGUUGGAGAGCUAAGUUCAAAGAAGUUGCAAGGGAAACGACCAAUGAGAAAGAUGAUGGGAACAAAAGAAAUGAAGGGGAAAAGCAACAAGACAUGUUAAGCAAUACAGUUCCCUAUGGUUCUUACUAUCAUUUUGAACCUCCAAGCUUUGCUUGCAGCCAUGGUUUUGCUUCCCACACAGAAGAUCUUCAUAAUUUCAAUGUUGAGCCUUUACCAUUGGCAUCAACAUUAUCUCUAUCAUCUGGAACUUCUCAAAUGCUUGAUCCUAGACAACAAGUUAACCAUUUCCAAUUGCUCAGCUCAGCUGCUCAAACCAUCUUGCCAAGCUCUAUUAACCCGCCACCACCGUAGUCAAUAAGCCAAUCUAUCAGACCCUUCCAUUUGAGCAUUGCCCCUAGGUUUCCUUCUAAGGAACAGAAGUUUCCUUCUAAAUGACAAGAAAGGUAGUAUUUUACUUCCUGGAACUGAGAAGCAGACAGCUAAGUUAUAGUUAUCGGGAUAUAACAAUUAAGGUUUUGUGUUUUGAUUUCAUCGGAUGAUUGAGGGGAAAAUCAGAUCUUCAUGUAUAGAUUUGAAUGCCAUACUGCUGAAUUAAUUCUAAUCAAUAUCUGAUGCUUAUGAAUA